UUUCAGGGAUGAAUAAUUUCUAAUUGGAACAAUCAUCGCCUUGUUCACAUGAGCAAUCUAAAAAAGAAAUACUGGCCAUGAUGAAAUAUUUUCUACUUGUUGAUCAUGCUCGUAAGCUCAAACUGACGGGCUUCAUCACGUGCCUAAUUUCCGGGCGGGCGAAACAUCCGUACAAUUGUCAGUGCGAUUUUAGUCUUUGGUUGUACAUUCAGCAGCCUUGAAUAAGUUACGUCGUCUUUGCCAAUGACUUCAGAGCCUGAUUUGCAUUUCCAGGACCUCUACGAUAAAAUUGAUCCCCCUUUUCAAAACGCGACACCCUUCGCAAGAACAGGACAAUUCUACGAAAAUCGCUCGAUUACCGAUUUUAAUAAUACAACUCAAAUGAUAGAUCAAUGUCCCUUCAAAUUCUCACAGCACUUGGCGCUCGCUACAAUUCCUCUUUUCAUCGUUGGCCUAAUUUUGACAGGAAUAUCAAUUUAUGUUUAUACCAGGCCAUAUCAGUUGAAAACGACUGUUGGUUUUCUGCUGGCUUGGUUAUCCGUAUUUGAAUGGUUGUUUCUUUUGGCAUCUUUUCAAGUCUUUUCAAUUUCCGAAACCGCAUUUUUUGCAUGCCCAACAACUGAAAAUGAGUAUCCAAAAAUAAAAGCAUACAGUGAAAUAUACAUCUUUCCAUUAACUCAUGCAACAAAGUACAUGUGUGUUUGUAUAUCAAUUAUCAUCUCUAUUCAACAAUGGAUUGCUGUCUUCUUACCAAUGGAGGCCAAAGAUCUGUGCAACAUGGAAAGAACAAAACGGUUUUUAGUGGGUUCUCUAGUUAUCUCAUCAAUUCUUUCAUUACCAAAGUUUUUCGAAAAAGGAAUACACGAGAUAAAUGGAUGGCCCUGGCAAACAAAUGCCGUUGAGAAGUAUACAUUCUUGAAAGUGGUACAAUACGUGGAAGAAAACGUGUUCAGUGUAUUCAAAAUAUUCUUUUUGCUCUUUAUUAUUAAUGUGUCGAUUAUAUUGCUACUGAAAUAUUCUCACAACGAAAGAAUUCGAAUGACAUCACAGUCAAUUAGAGAUCCCCGUACAUCUAUUAUGCUUCUGGCUGUACUUUUUGCAUACGUUGUCACUCAUCUGCCAAGAUUUUUGCUUCAGUACGAUGGGCAUUGGAAACAUUAUUUACCGAGCGAUAUGUAUAUUGCCCGGAAUGAUCUAUCCAAUUAUUUCAUGUGCUGCCAUCCUUUGUUCUCAUUUGCCGAUUAUUUAAUCUUCUCUGAGAAGUAUAGAAAAAGUGUUAAAUCAAUUUUAAAGCGACAGCCAAGUGGAAACUCUUCAAGGAAAGCGCCUCAAUCUGUUUGAAAAGAUGCCAGUGUUCUUUGAAUCUGUUUUUAAAUGCAUAGAGGAUUCGUGUUCUUCUUGUGUGUGAAAAAAUAAAUGAGACUGCUUCUACUUAUCUUUAUUCAGAGUCUGUUUCUUUGCUUCAUUGCUUCACCCUUUCCUCGCACCCAAAUUCAUUUAUGUACGCCCUCGUUUUUGUUUUUGACGACGACACCAAUUUUCUUCUCGUUAGACAUAAAGUAUAAGGUUUUCAUUUCCAGUGCUCUCUUCUUGCUAACUUGUUCUCUUAUUUGUAUCAUUAAAUAAAUCUAUAUAUUUUCCGUUUUCUGAAAAAAAACGUCACUUUCGUAUCAAUCCUUGAAUUCCCAGGAAGAGGGAAGAAAUAUUUAGGAGUCAACUCAUGAACUCCCUCAGGCUACUCAAUACUAAUAAAAUAUGAAUGUUGCUUGUUUUUCUUCGUGUUUUGCCAAGUUUUUGGUUGUAUAUGUAAAUUAAUAAAUAAAUAACA